AGUGGGAAGGAGAUACCACUAUGCGAGGAAACAAAAUGGCAAUGCCAUACACCCUCAAGAGCGGAAGAUAUUUGCUCUUAUGAGGAUGGGAGGACCACGGUACUCUACCGGUAUACAAGUCCUCAUGGCCUAUGGCUUUCCUUAAAGUCAUAAAACCUGCGUCACAACCAAUCCAUCACCAGCACCAACUCCACGGAAGCAGAUAGGCGUGGAAUGGAGCGCCGACGCCACUCCGGACAGUGGACUCCGCGUAUCUCCAACAACACCCCUGUUUGCCGAAAUGGAGCAGACUUCAACAUUAAUGCUGAGUAGCCGAGACGUCUUCGACUGCAACGCUACUUCAAGGACAGUGGCAAAAUAAGACAACACAUGAUGGCACCAGAAGACCUAUCCCAAUAUUGGGAUAUCUAUGCAGCAGAGAUUCCUUGCUUGAGCAACCACCGAGGGAAACUACUUUGGCGCCGAUUCUGGAAGUUACCAGCUCCGCGUUGUGGUACCAACCCCUCGCAUGGUUUUGAAGACAAGGGAUACACUGAGCAGCACUAUACACACGCUGUUGUACUCAAGGUAGUGUGACUCGCAGAUCGCGUGGUGGACAGGGUUACUACUAGUGAUUAUGCUCUCCAUUCUGCAGCACUACGAUGCCGAGUGGGUACGACUCGCGACAACACUACGGCAUGGACCAGCAUUCGACAGAAGCUGCAUGUAACGGAUACAACACUGCUACAGAAGCAGUACUACGACACAACUGCCAUACCACCAACACUUGGUGAUCUUCACACGUGGACCAGAUGCGGGUAACAGCAUGCACAGAUCGGACAACAUAGCCACUCAUCUGCAGGUUACAGCAUACUGUUCCAACCAUUCACAUCUCCAACUCCGACUUGCAUCUGCCCGUCCUGGAGUUUGCCUACAACACAAGCACUUGGCAACUCAUCACUACCCUUCUCGAGACCAUAAUCUCGACAUCUGCCAUCUUCUAUCCAAGCGUCAACCUUGCUUCUGCGGGUCUAUCAUCGUUGAAGCAAGGGUUACUUCAUUCACCUUCCGCUUCCGCCUACCAGCCACUUGGAAGAUCCAUAAACCUUCCAUACCAGCUUCUUAAACCCUAUCAAGACCACACCCGUUCUACACCGAAUGCCAACCACCGUCAUCGCCCGUGUUCAUCCACGACAUGCGACAACUACGUGCUUGGACACCGUCGUCAUCGGAAUGGCACUCUGGAGCUUCUUCUUUGGUGGAAGGGUUCUGAUCCUUCUGAGGCUGCGUCUCUGAUACGACAUGGAUAACGCCCGUCGUCCUCUUCGCGACUACCUUGUCAAGCAGGGUGUUACGUCUACCACCCAGCUUUGAGGGGGGGAAGUGUGAGAGUACGACCCCGUUACACCAAUUUUCCCUUUCCAUAUUUCCUUUCUAUUUCAUUCCUCUUUUUAUCCUCAUUCAUUUGGUCUUUAUCUCAUCUAAUUUGGUUUCCUAUUC